AUCUCUAAAUGAAGAAUACGUUGAUGACAGCCAAGAGCUGACCCUACGAGACGGUGACGAAGUGGCAGUCAUUCCGCCCAUCAGUGGAGGAUAGAGUCACAAUAACACAACUACUGAUAGCACGGGACUGUUACUUACAUAAUGGACUUCAUAGAAAUAACAGAGGAGAAACUUGACAUCAGUAAGAUAUCAGGAAUGGUCACAGACCCAAGCUGUGGGGCUGUUUCCAUAUUUGUAGGAAUUACAAGAGAUAACUUUGAUGGGAAAAAGGUUUUGAGACUAGAAUAUGAAGCAUAUAAACCAAUGGCAGAGAGAAAGAUGAGAGAAAUUUGUGACUCAAUUCGCAAACAGUGGCAGAUACACAGCAUAGCAAUGAUUCACAGAAUUAAUGUGGUGCCCAUCUCGGAAGCUAGCAUUGUCAUCGCCUUAUCCUCUCCCCAUAGGAAGGAAUCCCUGCAGGCAGUGGAGUAUGCCAUUGAUACUCUGAAAGCCACCGUGCCCAUUUGGAAAAAGGAAAUUUAUGCAGAUGAGUCUUCCAGCUGGAAGGAGAACAAAGAGUGCUUGUGGAGUAAAAACCAUAUUGUUUACAGUUGCCAAAAAACUGAAUUGUGGGUAUAAUAACCACCUAUAUUAUAGCAUGAUAGAAAUGCAUUGUGGGUAUAAUGUUACAGCCUAAUGGAAAUGCAUUGUGGGUACAAUAACGACCAAUGUUAUAGCAUAAUGGAAAUGCAUUGUAUCACCAAGGGAUGCACUGUAGAACAGAUCUGUAGAGAGUCUGAUGAUUUCCCUAGAACAGAUCUGUAGAGAGUCUGACGAUUUCCCAAUGUGUGUAUCCCUUGUUUAAAAAAAAAAGCUGGCAGACAUUCCAGAUUUCAAGGCUUUUUAUACCUGCAAUAUGAAAGAGUUCUUGUAGGGUUCAUUAAUUGCAAUUCACAGCAUUAUAUGUAAAGUUAGUGGGUUUUUCCAAAAGUAGCAGAAAUGCUACCAUGCAAAUCGGCCAUAAUCAGACCAGGCCUGGAGGUUAUAAAACUUUGACCGUACUCAAACUCAGCCAUGUUUGUUUCGAGUACAACUCUGAGCAAUAUAUAAAACUUUUACUGUACUCAUACUCAAACUCAACCAUGUUUGUUUUGAGUACAACUCAGGGCAAGCUCCGAGCAUACUCGAAAACUCUUGAGCAUGUACUCCUAUUGAGUAUGAGAAUAAUUUUAUAAAAGUUUCAGAGCCUUCACUUUUGAGUAUGCGUAUGAUUUAGAGCACAGAGUUCGAGUUUGAGCAUGAAAACGUGCUCAAAAAAGUUUUAUAACCUCCAGGCCUGAAGCAUACUUUGAGUUGGAGAAUGAUUUUAUAAAAGUUUUAUAACCUUCACUUUUGAGUAUGAGUACGAUUUCGAGCACGGAGUUUGAGUAUGAAAACAUACUCAAAAAGCUUUAUAACCUUCAGGCCAGAGCUGUAAAGCUUAGAUGAGCUCACUUUUGAUCUAAGUCUCAUUUUUAUAAAAGGAACAUAUUGGGGAAAAAAAUAGACUUGGAUCAAAUGUGAGCUUUUCUAAGUUUUAUGACCCGGGGGCAAUGAAAAUUAAGACAAGCUCACUUUAAAUCUCACUUUCAUAAAAGUUGCAGCUUUAUGGGCCUGGAGUUGGCCUCCUAUUCAAUAUAAAGUUCUUAAGAUGCCCCAUUUGAUGACCCUCUCCAUUGGUGAAUGAUGUCACUUUUUUAAUUUUGUUUAACUGUAAGCGGCUAGCCAUCAGAAAAUUUAAAGGAAUUCAGAUUCUGAAGAAUUCAUAAACUUCAAAGAAAGCAGGCAAACAUUAUGCAUCCAUUGGGAUUAAUUUUAUAUAUGUCUUGCCGCAAAAAGAUCCAGAACCCAAAUUGCCUCUAAUGUGAUCUGUCAGAUAAAAAUGUCAAUUUAAAGCCAUAUUGCAUGUAAUUUCCUUUUACAAUUAUGUUUGCUUCAUCUGCAUGUCAAUUACCGGUAAUUUGAAUGAAAAUGAGAAGCCUUUGUCACUUUUUUUCAUUCAAAUUUUAUUAGCUCCCAACUUGCACAUAGGAUAUUGCUUGUGUCUGUUUAUACAUACUCCAGAUCUCUUAAUGAAUAUGCAGAAUGUUCAAUGUUUAGCUAGGUGCCAUAUUUCCAUGAAUUGCUGAUUAAUCAGAAUUAUCAAGUCUAUAUAUUUUGAUAGCAUAGUUUCAGAUCAAAAAUAGAAAUUUAAAAGUAUGUAUUUAUUCAUAUUGACAUGAUUUUAUGAGUGAUAGGAAUAUACAUAUGUAUGAUGUAUUAUAAAUAUCUGUGAUGAUUUGA